CAGCCCACGCGAUUAGAACACUGAAAGCACUGAAAGUGAAAAUAAUACGCACACAAAAAUGUCGAAAGUUAAGAAUUUAUUUGCCAAAAUGUUGCAACGCUUCGGCAGAGGCAACCAGGGCCAGGCCAGCAGCGAUGGCCAGCGGUACGACAGCCUGGAGGAGAUUGCCCAGAAUCAGGCCAAUGAGCAGCGUAUGCUCAUGGAGACGCUGACGGGCUACGAGGAGGAGCAUUUGGUGAUUUGCCUGGAGACGGCGGCGGGCAGCUUCUAUUGGCAUUCGCAGUAGCAACAACCGAAGGAGGCAACACAGCAAAGCGCAAGGGAAGCGGAAACAAAAGGCGCUACAAAAGGAGCUACAGAGGGAGCUACAGAAGGAGCUGCAGAGGGAGCUACAGAAGGAGUCACAGAAGGAGCUACAGA